UUGUUGUUGUUGUUGUUGCGUGUGGACCGUGGCGCCGCGGCCGUCUUCGUCGUCGUUAGAAACUGAACAAACGCGAGUGCUGCUGGUGCAUUGUCUUGUCGUCUCUCGUCAGCUUCCGGUCCUGCACGACGACAGGUGUGCCACGGAAUGUGUUGACCUCGCCGCCGUCGCUGCCACCGUCGCCGCCGUCGCUGCCACCGUCGCCGCCGCUGCUUACAGAGUGCAAGAUAACGAACGGCUGAGUCAACCAGGGCGGGGGACCGGGUGUUGCCGUAGUUCGUCACGGAGCAUAAUCGGGGGAGGUGCGUUGGUGCGUGAAAGUGGGUCACCAACAGCUCACGAGACAUACGACACGACGACGACGACGACGCAGCAGCGGACAGUCCAGUCUUGCCCCACAGCGGGCACUCCAGUUGGCAAGUGAAGUCGUUGACCAGUGGACGCGACAAAAGCGACAGCCGCAUCAUGUCGAUCGAUCUGCAGAAGCACCGUGAGGCCAUCGUGGCCGCGUGGAAAACGGUGGUCGAUCGCAAGAGCGCCACCAACUGGGCCCUGUUCGGUUACGAGGGUCAGAGUAACGUGCUGAAGGUUCAGGACACCGGUGAGGAUGGCAUUGGGGAGCUGGCCGCCGAGCUGAACUCGGGCAAGAUACAGUACGCAUUCCUGAGGGUCGACAACAGUGAAACCGGCAUCGCAAAGUUCGUCUUUAUCAACUGGCAGGGAGAAGGGGCACCGAUCGCACGGAAGGGAACCUGUGCGAAGCAUGUGCGCGAUGUGACGGAUCUGGUGCACGGUGCCCACAUAACGUUGCACGCGACCAACGAGGACGAUGUGGAAGAGGCCCGUAUCCUCGAGAAGCUGCAGAAGGUCGUGGUGAACGAUUUCAAGGUGAAGGACUACUCGCAGGCCCAUGAAUCCUCUAAACCCGUUGGCACGAACUAUAGCCGGGUGAACCCGACGAAAGAGAUCAAUCCAACCGAGCGCGACGAGUUUUGGCGACGGGAGGAAGAGGAAGAGAAGCAUCGGCUGCAGGCGGAGUACGAACGGAAGCUCCAGGAAACAGUAUUACUUGAGGAGGAACGUCGACGAAGGGAGGAACGUGAGUUUGAAAAACGGGAAGCAGCAACAGCGGGAGCGAAUGGUGCUGGUGAGCAGGUAGCUGGAGCGGGAGGGUCGCCGGUUUCACCGGAACGCAGUUACGCCCGCCAAGCGUCUGAUCAGAGCAAGAGUGAACGGGAACGUGAGAUGCGACAGGUGGUUGAGGCCGGAGGGAAAGUGAGCAGUGCCAAGGCACGGUUCCUCAACAGCACCGCCCAACUCAGCCCGACCCACAUCCAGGCUGAAGUGGCACAGGAGCUAACCCAAGCGGAACCCUUCUCACCGACCGCUUCCUUCGAGGAGCGUAGCAUCAUCAACGAGCUGAAGGCGGAACUCGAGAAUGAACGGCGUAACGGUGGGACACCGGAUUCACCCGAUGCUGUGGCUGCUGUCGCGGCAGCUGUUCCUGAAUCGGUGGAAACGGUGGACGAAACUGCGUUACCGGUUACCGGCGGCCAGUACUUUGAUCCGAACGCAACGAUCGAUCUGUCCGAUGAGGACAACAUGAUCCGAGCGAGAGCCCUGUACGAUUAUCAGGCGGCCGAUGAUUCCGAGAUAAGCUUCGAUCCGGACGAUAUCAUCACGCACAUCGAUCAGAUCGAUGAGGGCUGGUGGCAGGGUCUAGCACCCAAUGGCACGUACGGGCUCUUCCCGGCCAAUUACGUUGAGCUGCUGUAGAGUGGUGGUAGUGGUGGUGGAGUUGCAUUUGAGGAAUUUUCCCCCAAUAUCAUGCACUGUAAUCGUUAUCAUAAUCAUUCUUCCUUUAUCCAUCUCGCAAAAGCGAGGGAAUGACCACCAACUUAAGAGAUUGUUAACAGAAGGGCGCGCGCGCCUAUCAUCCACAUCACGCUGCGUUGCAGUGACACACACUAGAGGCCAAAAGCGAAUGCACAAAACUCGCACCGUAAGUGGGCACUAAACCCAUAUGGCGCCGUGAAACGGUCACUACACUGCACACACACACACCCUUCCCAACCCCUUAACGGGCACACAUCUUCGUCGUAAUUUUAAGCGUUAACGUUCUCUCCUUGCAACGCAUCGAUAGCGCCACGCGUGUCUAGAGAUUUGUUUGUCGCGGGAGAGAGAAACCGGUGAUGUACAAUGCAAUUAACGAAGGACGAAUGUGUGUGCGUGUGUGUGUGUGUGUUAGGAGAAGGGUCUCGUAGGAUCAACACGAUGCAUAAAUAUGAAAGAAUAUAUACAUUUAAUUAUAGAUUCCGCCUUCCAAACCCCCGUCUCCAAAAACCUUCUAUCGGCCACCACCCCUGAAAUGAAAAGCCUUCUCUCACGUUUUUGGAGUCCGGCCGUAGUGGAAGCGAUUGGAAGCAUCUGUUUUAAACAAUAGUAAACGCAAGUAGAUAAAUGCAAAUGUCAAGCGAACAAAGAAAAAUGUUACACAAAUAAACUAAACU